UUAUUCUCUCUGGCCUCCAAACGAAACGAACCAACUUUUUAAUAAUUUGGUUGGAUUGUUGUGAUUUGUGAUUGUGAAUAAAUAUAAAAAUGUCUCUGCCUGCCAAAUUUGUAAAUACAGUAUUCUUACAAUAAUAAAAACUGAAAAUUUUUUGAUAAUAAUUAUAGAGUAUUAUUAAGUGUAUGUGCAUUAAGAUCAACGUUAUGAAGAUGGAUAAGACCCGAAGUGUUUGAAUAAGUUGGAAAAAAAUAAUAGGAAGAUAUUUUGUGAAUUUAGUGAUGUAAAAUUUGGAUUCAAAAUGGCUGAUUCUUAUUACCAGGGAGACUACAUAAGACAUCCCGUCAUAUACGAAUUAUCCCACAAGUAUGGCUUGCCGACGGACAGUUUCAACGAGUCUCAGCUGUCGAAUAAACUUGAGGAACUCAAGGAGAUUAUCAGGCGUGAGAUUCGGAAGGAACUGAAGAUUAAAGAAGGUGCCGAGAAGUUGAGAGGAGUGUCAACCGAUCGGAAGUCGCUCAGUCAUGUUGCGACCAUAGUCAAAAACUCCAAUUUCAAAUUAACCGAGUUGAAGAAUGAGCUCAGUGAGCUGGAAUCGCAGAUUAUUCUGUCUCAGGGUCAGAGUACGCCAUCCUUAAUACCUUCCAAUGGAGAUUCCGUAAGUUAUUCUACAUUGGCGAAUCACAAUAUGGAUAAGUGUAAUGCUAACCUUUAUAGUCGAAUAGAAAAUUUGGAAAAGCAGUUAAACAUAGAAUUAAAGGUGAAGCAGGGAGCCGAAAAUAUGAUACAAAGCAUCACAGGAAGAGAUAAAAAAUUAUUAUUAGAAGCUCAACAAAUGCUACAAGACUCAAAAAAGAAAAUAGAAUAUUUAAAAAUGAAAAUAACAAAGUUAAAACAUGACAUCGAUUCGAAAUCGCGGGGUUCCAUUCAGGAUUUGACGGACAAUGGAGACCUGUCGCACGGAGAAUUGGAUCCACUUUUAGAUGAUAGAAUAGAAGAUUUAAAACACAGACUUAGAGUCGAAGCAGCUGUGGUUGAAGGUGCCAAAAAUGUUAUUAAACUUUUACAAAAUAAUAAUAAGGACAAGAGUGAGAAAAAAGCCCUCAUAGAGGCACAGGAAAGUUUGAGAGCCAGUAGUAUGAAACUUGAUCUUUUAAAGAAAUCUUUGGAAAUUAGGAAAUCGGAAUUGCCUGAGGAUUCUCCGGUCGCAAUACAUUUAAAAGAAGAACUAGCAAAUGCUCAAGCAUUUAGUCCAACGACGAUGCAUUAUACCAGUCUACAGCCAUUCAGGGAAGGAUCGGAGAACAGCAGGCAUUUGACUUCUUUUUCUAUGCUCAGCAGGUGUGCAGCUGUUACCGGUACUUUAGAGGUACGAUUAAUGGGAUGUCAAGACCUUCUGGAGGAAGUACCUGGGCGGCCUAAGAAAGAAUCCGACGUUCCUUCGAGCCCGAUGGAAUUUAGCUUUUUCAAAAAAACGAAAAGUUACAGCGUCAAAGAAGAAGUCAGCGACGAUAUCAUGGCGGUGUUAAAACUUGACAAUACCACCGUAGGUCAGACGAGCUGGAGGCCGUGUUCGCAACAGGCGUGGGAUCAGAGGUUUUCGAUCGAACUAGACAAAUCCAGGGAACUGGAAAUCGAUAUUUAUUGGAGGGAUUACAGAUCGCUCUGUGCAGUCAAGUUUUUAAAGCUCGAGGAUUUCAUAGACGACGAAAGGCAUGGAAUGGCAUUGCAUUUGGAACCAGAAGGAUUACUUUUUGCAGAGAUUAAAUUUUUGAACCCUAUGAUUUCGAAGAGGCCCAAAUUACAAAGACAAAAAAGGAUUUUCAAACAAGUGAUGCCUAGAGCCAAACAAAUGAACAUCAACAUUGUGACAUGGGGUAGAUGGAUGAAACAAUCUUCUAGAAUGCCUAGUCGACAGAAUAUUGUAUUAAGUUCAACUGAAAAUGUUACUACACAUGCUAAACACAUUGAUGUUUUUAAGGACGAUCUCGCUCUUGAGGAUAAACCAGAAACACCGGGAGAAGUCCCAGAUCCACAAGUUGCUGGUUUAGGUGGGCAAAGACCUCUCGGCUUACACAUUGAAUUGCCUCCACCUCCAGAACCUGUAAUAUUAUCUCCUCCUUCGCCUUCCGUGCCUCCUCCGGUGGCCAAGAAAAGGAUGGCAGUCACACCACCUCCAGUACCUCCGAGACUUGAUCCAGAGAGUGUAGCAGCACUAAAAGAAUUCGACUUCUUGGAGGAACAGGAGAUUUCUCGACCUGGGCCUCUUAUUAUCCCUUCGAUACCAACUACGCCUGUUAUUUCUCUGGAACAGUUCGUACCACCUAGUCCUCAACCUGUUAUAGAAUUUCCAGAUGAUGAGCCUGUUUAUGACGUAGCCAAUAUUAUUCGUCGACCUCCAGCACGGGAGCUGACCUACAGAGACAGCGCAUAUGAAUCAAAGAGACAUUCUCAAUCUGGAGGUCUUAACAUUGACAGCUUCAGACUAAUCAGCGUCUUAGGUCGAGGUCACUUCGGUAAAGUAAUUCUGUCACAGUACAAAAACACUGGCGAAUAUUUCGCAAUCAAAGCUUUAAAGAAGGGCGACAUCAUAUCCAGAGAUGAAGUUGAAUCUUUACUGUCAGAAAAAAGGAUAUUCGAGGUGGCGAAUUGUAUCAGACAUCCAUUCUUGGUUAAUUUGUUUGCUUGUUUUCAAACCGAUGCUCACGUUUGCUUCGUAAUGGAGUACGCUGCUGGAGGAGAUUUGAUGAUGCACAUACAUGCUGAUGUUUUUAGCGAGCCCAGAGCUGUUUUUUAUGCGGCAUGUGUUGUAUUAGGUUUACAGUAUCUUCAUGAGAACAAAAUCAUCUACAGGGACUUGAAACUAGACAAUUUAUUGUUGGAUACGGAAGGUUACGUAAAAAUAGCAGAUUUUGGAUUGUGCAAGGAAGGAAUGGGCUUCGGCGAUAGGACGGGCACAUUCUGCGGAACGCCCGAGUUUUUAGCGCCAGAAGUUUUGACAGAAACGUCGUAUACUAGAGCCGUCGAUUGGUGGGGUUUAGGAGUACUCAUAUUUGAGAUGUUGGUUGGUGAAUCCCCUUUCCCUGGAGAUGAUGAAGAGGAAGUUUUUGAUUCGAUAGUGAACGACGAAGUGCGGUAUCCAAGGUUUCUGUCUUUAGAAGCCAUCGCAAUUAUGAGAAGGUUACUCCGAAAGAGUCCUGAUAGGAGGUUAGGUUCGAGUGAGAGAGAUGCAGAGGACGUAAAGAAACAGGCGUUCUUUAGACAUAUUCAGUGGGAAGAAUUGUUACAUCGCAGAAUCCCGCCACCUUUUGUACCUACAGUGGAGUCAAUGGAAGACGUAAGCAAUUUUGACGAAGAAUUUACAUCAGAAAGGCCGCAGCUGACGCCACCAAAAGAACCCAGACAAUUAUCCGUACAAGAUCAACAUUUGUUCAGAGAGUUUACAUACAUGGCAGACUGGUGCUGACAAUAGUAUUAAGUAUUAAAAUUAACUUACGAAAAAAUCAAAUUGUUUUUGUAUUAAAUUGAGGAUUUCGAUUUAUUAUUAUUCUAUAUUAACAAGUUAUUAUAUAUAUACUAUAUUUUUAACAAAAAGACUCCGAAUCGUUAA